GAAGUUGUUCUUCCCUAACUAAGCUUACUUCAUGCAGACAGGUUUGCAACUUGGCUCUAAGCUUUUGAAAGGACUUGGUGUCAUGUCCGAUGAUGUAGAUUUUGCGAGUCGACUCGUUCAAGACUCUAUGGAGAUACAAGCUCAAGGUGACCUUAGCAAAACUGAUGGUCAAGCAGUUGAUGUUAUGAAACCAAUGCAGGUAGGAGUUGAUGGUUCUGUCGGGAUCGAAGUACCCGUGCAGAAAUCACUAAGACAGAAACAGAUAGAGCAGUCCGAGGAUCAAGGUAAGGGUGUACUGUAUUGUGAACUUAGCAAAGAAAAUGGUUUUCCGGUUAAAUCAGAUGAUGUUGCUACGGAGCAGAAGAAUAUGAUAGAAACAUAG